UUCCAAUUUCUUCUUAAAGUCACUGUAACUCGUCUCCUUGCUGCUUUUGAAAGCCUUGGAGAGAGGCCAUCAAUUCAAGAACUCUUAACUAUGGGCGCACCUUCUGGUCCUAGCAGAAUGAAAUGGUUGCUUUGGGUGGCCCUGGUGUGCUCCUCUGCAAUGGCACGGCUGCAUAAGGAUCCCACCCUGGAUAACCACUGGGACCUCUGGAAGAAAACUUACAGCAAACAAUACAAGGAGAAGAAUGAGGAAGUAGCACGACGUCUCAUCUGGGAAAAGAAUCUGAAGUUUGUGAUGCUUCAUAAUCUAGAGCAUUCAAUGGGUAUGCAUUCAUAUGAUCUAAGCAUGAACCACCUGGGAGACAUGACCAGUGAAGAAGUGAUGUCUUUGAUGAGUUCUCUGAGAGUUCCCAGCCAGUGGCAGAGAAAUGUCACUUUCAAGUCAAAUCCUAAUCAGAAAUUGCCUGAUUCUCUAGACUGGAGAGAGAAGGGAUGUGUUACUGACGUAAAAUACCAGGGUUCUUGUGGUGCUUGCUGGGCUUUCAGUGCUGUGGGGGCCCUGGAAGCACAGCUGAAACUGAAAACAGGAAAGCUGGUGUCUCUCAGUGCACAGAACCUGGUGGAUUGCUCUGGUGAAAAAUACAGCAAUAAAGGCUGCAACGGUGGUUUUAUGACACGGGCUUUCCAGUACAUCAUUGAUAACAACGGCAUUGAUUCGGAAGCUUCCUAUCCCUACAAAGCCACUGAUGGAAAGUGCCAGUAUGACCCAAAAAACCGAGCUGCCACAUGUUCAAAAUACACUGAGCUUCCCUAUGGGAGUGAAGAUGCCCUGAAAGAAGCUGUGGCCAACAAAGGACCCGUGUCUGUUGGUAUAGAUGCGAGUCGCCCUUCUUUCUUCCUCUACAAAAGUGGUGUCUACUAUGACCCAUCCUGUACUGAUAAUGUGAAUCAUGGUGUAUUGGUGGUUGGCUAUGGUAACCUUAAUGGAAAAGACUACUGGCUUGUGAAAAACAGCUGGGGCCUCAACUUUGGUGAACAAGGAUAUAUUCGAAUGGCAAGAAAUAGUGGAAAUCACUGUGGGAUUGCUAGUUUUCCCUCUUACCCAGAAAUCUAGAGGAUCUCUUCAUUCUAUAAAAAGUCAAGAAAGAUGAGCUACUUCUAAUCUGUUGUAACCAGUAGAAAUAAGUGUGUCAUGAUCAAUGUAUUUUUUUUUUAAUUAGAAAACAUAGUUUGACUUCUUUUCUAACUUUGCAGACCCUGAAAAAAAGCUUGCUAACUAAAUUAAUAAUGUAUGAUAGUUAUAACUGCAUGGAAAUUUGUCAACCUAAAACAAUCUGUUGUGUUUGUCCUUGUCUUAUUUUCCAUUCCAUUUUUUGUUUUGUUUUUUAAGCUCUCUGAUACCCUUUUUUAACCUGGUGGUGUAUAUAUACUUAAUAAAUGUUUGUCUUUUCAAAUUUC